AUGCCCAGCCAAUUCCCACCAUCGUCACCCGUCGCAAGCUCAAAUGUUAACCGCUAUAACAACCUCUCAAGUUCAGAGGAUAGUGAUAAUUCCUUAACUGAAAAGCCAAGUGCUAGAACAACAAAGAAUCACCACUAUCCAACGCCAAACCCUUCCUCAAGUACUGGGAACCUAUCGUCGCCAGAAAGAUAUAUCAGGGAAGCUCCCUCACCUACAUCUCGUAUUGGUGAAGUUAAAAAUUCACCAAUACUUAUAAAAUUAGACCCGUACGACCAAUCACGUCUUGCGAUUGGACGGAAGAAAUCAGUGUGCCAAUACAUCCUACCGAAAUUGAAGAAUAUUUCACGACAACAUCUUUUCCUCACUUAUUUAAGGCAUACCAAUGAAAUUAUAUUAGAAUGUAACGGUACCAAUUCUAUUAUUAUCACUCUUCCCUUAAAGUUAACGUGUCAAUUAGUGAAAGAGGAGAAAGUUUACAAGAUAUCUACCAAUGUUGAUGCUACCAAUUCUACAGCAAUUGUAACGUUCAUUCUUUCCCAAAACGAGACAAUAAUUAUGCCAUAUUUGGAAGGCAUAAUAAUAGACUUUAGGAAAAUCAAAGUGAGCUUACAUCUUAAAGAAACAUCGAACCUGAACCAGGAUAAGGAUGACGAAUAUUUUACGGAAACAGAGGAUGAACAAACCGCCCUUGAAAUCAAUAGUGAUGAUUUCCAUUCUAAAAUGACUACACCUUCAAAAAAAUUAAGAAAUGUAGAAAGAUCUCCUUCAACUGAGCCAAUGUCGAGAGUUCCCUCAACAGAAACAACACCAAGAGAGCUACAGUAUCAUGAACCACAAAAUCCUUCGACUCCAAUAAAGAGGAAAACAGAUGUAUCUGGGAAUGAUAGAUUAUCUAAUCAAAUGACUCCAAUUAAGACCAAGAGGAGUCACCAACCUCUUAAGAUAAAUUUGCCCCUAUUGAGUCCUGAAUUUGAUAAUGACACAUCUACUAUAGAGGAUCAAAGAUUUGAUAUUGAAAAAUUGCUACUUCGAACGGAUGAUGACAAUAAAUCCCAAAACUUGUUAUUACAAUUCAGGACAGAAAGUGAGCAUACCACAUCACCACCUCUUCAUAAAGGAAAAAACAAUGAGAAUCAUAAAGAGGAAAGAGUUUCAGUACUAGCACCAUCAACCAAUAUUGUAAUUGAAAAAAACGACGAUAACAGUAAUUACAAGGAAUUACAAUAUGUCCUAACCAAUUACUUAGCAUUCUCCAAUGUUCACCAAGUGCCUCUAUCACAACUACACACAGUUAAUUCAACUAUUUCCGAACUAACUCAAGACGAAUUAAGAAAUAUACUGGAAACUGAACCUUCUAUCGGAAUUAUUAAAAGAAAGGGUAAAGAUGCCAUUGGCAAGCCAUUAGAAGAAGAAUAUUAUUAUGACAUGGAAAAUGAUUCCAACGAGGAGAGAAAGAUGUUGGUGACACAAUUAAAAGGUGAAAGAACAGGAUUGAGAACAUGCAGGAAGAGACAUAAACAAUAUUUUUGGAAGAAACCAACAAAAAAGUGA